UUGUCAGGUCGAGAAAAGAAAAAAACGAUGACGUGUUAAGCGGUGACUAGUGAACAACCUUUUCUUCUUCAUUUGAUUCGUUUCGUCCUCGAUGAGAAAAGCUCCUCUUCACUAUUCCAAGUUGAUUUUCAUCGCUUUCUCAUUGUUUAUAUCUCUGCUUUUUCCCGUGAACACUGUAAGCUAGAAGAUUCUUGAGACUCUGGGGAUUUAAAAGUUUCAUUUAGCUGUUAAUGUAUCUGUAAAGAGGAGAACUUUCGAUGCUAACCUCUCUCUAAAUCGAUUUUGGAAAUAGCAAGUUUUGUACUUUCAGUGUUAGAUCUGUGAAUAAUCGGAGUCAAUGUCGGAUCCACCUCGAUUCCGAUCGGUUCUUGGUCCAACCGGGAACAAGCUGCAGAGGAAGCCUCCGGGUAUGAUGAAACUAGAGAAGAAGAAGACCAUGGAGCCAAAAGAUGAGAAAACGAAGAAACCAAAAACUCCAGCUUCACCAACGACGACUCUCAAGCAAUGCUCUUCGAUGACUGCUUCUUAUUCCUCUGAUGCGUCUUCUUCUUGCGAGUCGUUGCCUUUGAGCGUGGCGUCUUCUUCGAGUUGUAAGAAGCCUGUGAGGCGAAGUGGGUCUGUCUCCUCGGCCUCUGGUACAUUGAGAAGGAAGCAGGUUGAUGAGAAAGAAGACAAGGUUGCUGCUGCUGGUGCUAGUAAUGGUGAUUGCUUCGCUGACGGUCGAAAAAGAUGUGCUUGGAUCACGCCUAAAUCUGACCAAUCUUAUGUUGCUUUCCACGACGAAGAAUGGGGAGUUCCUGUUCAGGACGACAAGAAGCUUUUCGAGUUGCUAUGUCUCUCUGGUGCUCUAUCCGAGCUCUCUUGGACCGACAUUCUCUCCAGAAGGCCAUUACUCAGGCAAGUGUUCAUGGACUUCGAUCCAGUUGCUGUUUCAGAACUGAAUGAGAAGAAGGUAGCCGCCGCUGCCGUUUCCUUACUAUCAGAGGUCAAGAUACGUUCAAUCCUCGAUAACUCACGCUAUGUGCGCAAGGUUAUAGCUGAACAUGGAUCCUUUAAGAAGUACAUGUGGAACUUUGUGAACAACAAGCCUACACAAAGCCAGUUCAGGUAUGGACGACAAGUCCCUGUGAAGACAUCAAAGGCUGAGUUUAUAAGCAAAGAUCUUGUACGCAGAGGCUUUCGCAGCGUCAGUCCAACGGUUGUUUACUCCUUCAUGCAAGCAGCUGGGCUUACAAACGACCAUCUCAUUGGCUGCUUCAGGUACCAAGACUGUUGUUGCGUAGAUGCAGAGACAACAACAACCAAAGGCUAAGAAGAAGAACGGAGAGUGAUAAAUAAAUUAAAUGUUUUUUGAGUUCCAUGUUGUUUGCUUUCAGAGAUGAUUUGACACAACGAGAUUUUGCUACCGUACCAUUAAGUGUUCCUUUUUGCCUUUGGCGUUGUA